UAGACUCUACUAAUAUUACCAAAUCCACAUAUAUAUACUCACCGAUUUGUGUUUCAAAAACAACAGCAUCAGUAUCAAGCACGCUUGAAAAUGAAUCAACAGAAGAGGAGUAGCAAGGCGAGGCUUCCAAUGGCGAAGAAAAGCUUCAAGAGGAGUAACCUAAAAACCGACAAGACGCUCAAGAGUUCACUGACGAGACACUUCACGCUCGGCCACCAAUCUUCAGCCACCAUUUCUUCUUCUUCUUCAUCCCAACCCUCUGGAUUCCAGAGCCUUCUUGACUGCGAAGCUCAUCCGCCAGCUCAAUCGCACUUUCCCUCCACGUCAUCUGUCGAUGCCGCCGAUGCUGGUGUUGAUGAGAAAGAUUUCAUUCUUAGCCAGGAUUUCUUUUGUACACCCGAUUAUAUUACGCCCGAUGCGCCGGCUAUUCCAAAUGCGUUUAAUAAUGAAACGGAUAAUUUAAUUUGUCCCGGGUCACCAGAGAAAAUUAGAACUGUUGGGAGCAAAAUGCGGAGUUUGGAUGGACUCUCAGUUUCCUUUACUUCCAACUUUUCUAGUCAGCAACCAUUGCCUGAAGCUGUAGAUGAUACUUCUGGGGUAGAUGAGACAAUGUUGGAAAGCACAAUCAAGUUGCAGAAGAAUCACAGUUAUGUUUCUCAGUCUGCUGUGGCCUUAAGGUGUAGAGUUAUGCCUCCUCCGUGCAUUAAAAACCCAUACCUUAAGGAUGCAUCAGAAACAGAUAUUGAUCCUUUUGGAAACCGGAGAUCCAAAUGUGCAGCUUUUUGGCCUGCAGUUUGGGACAAUGAUGGUCUUUCACGCUACCGGACAGAUUUCCAUGAAAUUGAGCAAAUUGGCAGUGGAAAUUUCAGCCGUGUCUUCAAAGUCUUGAACCGAAUUGAUGGUUGCAUGUAUGCAGUGAAACAAAGCACGAGACAAUUGCAUCUGGAGUCUGAAAGGAGAAAGGCAUUGAUGGAAGUUCAAGCGCUUGCUGCUUUAGGAUACCAUGAGAACAUUGUUGGUUAUUAUACUUCUUGGUUUGAGAAUGAUAAACUUUAUAUACAGAUGGAACUCUGUGAUCACAGCCUAUCUGUCCAGAGAACCAAAUUAUUCACAGAAGGAGAAAUAUUGGAAAUACUGUAUCAGAUAGCCAAGGCACUGCAGUGUGUGCAUGAGAGAGGGAUUGCCCAUUUAGAUGUAAAACCAGACAACAUAUAUGUGAAAAAUGGUGUUUAUAAGCUGGGGGACUUUGGAUGUGCAACACUUGUUGAUAGUAGCUUGCCAAUUGAGGAGGGCGAUGCACGCUAUAUGCCCCAAGAAAUCCUCAACGAGAACUUCGAUCACCUUGACAAGGUUGAUAUCUUUUCCUUGGGUGUUGCUAUGUAUGAGCUUAUUAGAGGAUCUUCACUGCCAGAGAGUGGGCUUCAUUUGCUGAACCUCAAGGAAGGAAAAAUGCCUCUUCUACCAGGUCAUUCAUUGCAGUUUCAGAAUCUACUCAAGGUGAUGAUGGAUCCAGAUCCUACCCGGAGACCUUCAGCUAAAGAUCUUGUAUAUAAUCACAUUUUUGAGAGGCGACAAAGAUCCACAGCGAACAAGAUGCAUUGAAAAACGUAUUGGGAGCUCAAAAGCUAAAGCUUGUGGAGAUGUUAGUGGCAGGAGAAACAAUAACGGAAAAGAGUACUUCAUGGCAUGCUUCCUAGUUCUGUAUAUAUUGUUCCACAGGAGAGGGUCUCCGGUAUUUUGCGCCAGUUGGUUUUUGAAUGGUCUAAUUUUGUUAAGGCCCGGAAGAAGUUAUAAAAGCUGCUCUUUUGUCAAGUUUAUAUCAAACAAGGAUAUUUAUUUGUAUUUUGGCAGUUUCAGAAA